ACCAAUGUUUACACUUAUAAGCAAUCAAACAAAAGACUAAUAAUAAACCCCAUAAUUUUCCUUUUAUAAAAACCCCUUCAAAAUUUCUCAUUUUUUCUUGAAAUUUGGAUUAAGAACUCAAAAGGGUGUGAGAAUUAAUGUAUCAAAAACAAUCUCACACAAAUAGUUCUCUUUUUAGAGAAUCCAUUGAAGCCCUUGAGGAUCAUAUCCGCCAUGCCAAUACCCUUGCAGCUGCUUUACCUCCAGACAAUGAGGGGGAUUCUGUGCAAAUGAAAUUAUCUUAUAGCACGUUUGCUCCAUUCUUGCUUUACUUAAUUGACUGGAUGGACUUUAGCUGUACAGAUACACUUCCUAGUUAUCUUGGUCUUCUUCAUAUACUUGUAUACAAGGUUUAUGUGAAUGGUAUGCAAACAAUGUCAUCUCAAGAAAGAAGAGCUACCCUGAGAGAAUUUUAUGCUGUUAUAUACCCUUCGCUUAAACAACUCGAUGGAUACUUGAUUGAAUUGAAGGAUGUUGACGAUAACAAGAAAAUCUGUUGUAAAGAUGUUGAUAGAGAGGAUGAAUGUGGGAUAUGUAUGGAAACUAGCGAUAAAAUGGCUUUGCCUAAUUGUGGUCACUCAAUGUGUAUCGGAUGCUUUCGCGACUGGAACAUGAGGUCCAAGUCAUGCCCAUUUUGUCGAGGAAGCUUAAAAAAGGUGCAAUCUGGAGAUUUAUGGGUUUUGACCAGUGAAAGCGAUUCAGUGGACCUGAUCACAUUGGCGAAAGAGAAUCUAAGAUGCUUCUAUCUUUAUAUCGAGAGCUUGCCUUUUGUCAUGCCUGACACCCAUUUCUUGCUGUAUGAGUAUUUAAUCUAAACCCGUCACCAGUCAGUAAUGGAGCUGUUUCGGGUUCCAAAAGGGCAGGUUUCCGCGUUCAUUGUAUAGAGUAGUUGCUAUAGUUGUCUGUAAAUAGUAGUCAUAAGUAACUAAAGAAUCAUGCAACUCGGCCUUUUUUGGGGACCCGAGUACUGUAAUCGUUACAAAUUGUAAUGGAAAUGGGAAAAAAUUGUAGCUUCUAUUCAUGAUAUCGAAAGAAACUUGUGAUUU